AUGGCCACCCACCACGCAAUCUCAGAACCGGGCCAGGGAAGGUCCUGGUCCUGGUUUCUCCUAGCACUGUUUGCUUUGCACGCGCUUUUGCUCCCUUCCGUUCGCGCUGAACCGGUGCAGUAUUGUCGGUUCGGCGAUCCCGCCAGGCCCAAUGCGGUGGCCGACUUCUGCCUCGGCCUCGCCACGUCGCGCAAUGCAAGCACGGGCGCGCACGACGUCUACCUGACACUUACGCACACACGGCCGCGACGCUCGGCCGUGGGCUGGACAGCCGUCGGCACCGGCGACAGCAUGACCGGGUCUCUCAUGUUCAUCAUCUACGGCGACCCGGCGUCGGGCGAGCGGCCCAUCGUCAGCAUCCGCGCAAGCACCGGCCACCAUCAGCCGCAGCUUCUGACGCGUGCGCGAAUGAACGGUGGCGACCUGCGCGUACUACGGUCCGACUGGAUGCCGGCCACAGCACGGCAAUCCGUCACGGCCUCCGUGUCACUCGUAUGCUACUCGUGCACUCUGUGGGCGGGCGACGGCGCCGGCAGCGGCACUAUCUCGGCCACGGCCACGGCGCAGCCGUGGAUCUGGGCCUGGAACAAGGCCCAAGCCUUUGAUGUCUACAGCUACGACGCUCACCUGCGCAUGCACGCACAUCACGCCGGUAAUGGCGGUUGGGGCCGCUUCUACGUCGACAUGGUGCGCGCCGAUCAGAGCGCCGGUGCUCACCUGCCCUCACUGCCCGUUAUUCGACCGGGGGUCGCGGCUCUGGGCGCUUCGGAACUCCCCUCUGGUCUCGGCCUCGCGGGUUGGAUGCCGGGAAGUCCCAUGCUCCGGCUUCAUGGCAUCCUGAUGGCACUGGCCUUCCUCGUGGCCUUCCCUGCCGGCGUCGUGGCCAUGCGCUCCGGUUCGCGUCGCGCCUUCACAUACCACUGGAUGCUACAGGCCCUGGCCUCGGCGGCCGUGGCUGGCGGUGUCACGGCCGGGCUGGCGCUGCAGCGCGAAAUCAACACGGUCCAUCAAGUUCUCGGCCUCGCGCUCGCGGGCGCGCUAGGCUUGCAGGCGUUCCUUGGCUGGAAGCAUCACGUCGACUUUGUGCGCAUUCGGCGGCGCACAUAUAUAUCUUACGCGCACAUCUGGGUGGGCCGGGGCGUCAUGCUUGGCGCUCAGGCAAACCUGCUCCUGGGCUUGCUCCUUGGUGGUGUCGUUGGUCUCCUCGUCGGCUUUGUGGCCGGUUACAUAGCCCUGCAGUCGGCGCUGCUGGCGAUAUGGGUUCGACGCCGGGCCAAGGCUGCGGAGGCAGAGGCGCGGGUUGCCAAGUACGAUGCGUUGGAGGCCCAUGAUGAUGAGGAAGAGGAGUCUUCUUUUGCUAUUGCUAGCCCGGAGGAGAUGGACAUUGGUGAAGAGGGAAUGGACCUUGGCGAAGAGAAGAAAUGA